ACCUUACCUCUGGCAACCUCGACUAGAGCGCACGCAUCCACAUUCACCUGGAAAUAACUCGAUUUUCUGACGGCAGAAUCGGUAUCCGGCGACCGCGUAAAUUUGCACCAACAAAACUAAUUGUUUUCCCGCACCGUAGCAACCCGAGACGCAGUAAAUCGACCGCAUAGGAACAGCUUCAGGGCGUGUUUUCACCGCAAACAUGGAAUUUCCUCCCAUGCCGGCCCAGCUGCAACUGCUGCAGAUGCUGAUUGGUUACUGUGACAAGGCCCCACAAUUGUUGAAUCUGCCGGAGCUUGGCUUUCUAAAAGCAUUUGUCGAAAAGCUGGGCGGAAAGGUACCAGAUGGAGCACCCGAUCUGAGCGGCAUGAUGGGUGGCAAGCAGGAGAGCAGCGGCGGUGCGCCAAAGACGGAAUCGCAAAAAGAAGAACCCAAGGCAGCAGAAUCGGACCCAGAAUCAGACCUGGAGCUAGACAACGAGGGAUGUGUGGAGCCGGACUCGGAACCGAACCAACCGAUGGGUGACGCGUCGAAGGAACCCACGGAGGAAGAGUUUGACCAGGCGAACGAUUUGCGAUCACAGGCGGCAGCGGCGUACGGCGAGCAGAAGUACGACGAAGCCGUCAAGCUGUUCACCGAUGCCAUCCAGCUAAACCCGAAGAGUGCGCUUUACUAUGCGAAGCGUGGCCAAGCCUAUCUGAAGCUGCAGAAACCGAACGCCUGCAUCCGGGACUGUGACCGAGCAUUGGAAAUCAAUCCCGACUCGGCGACGGCGUACAAAUUCCGGGGACGUGCAAACCGUCUGCUUGGCCACUGGGAGGAAGCGGUCAAGGAUUUGCGACAGGCCUGCAAGCUGGACUUUGACGAGGAGGCGGACGAGUGGCUGAAGGAAGUGACGCCGAACGCGAAAAAGAUCGAACAGCACAAGCAAAAGCAGGCACGCCGGCAGCAGGAGCGUGAGUUCCGCGAACGCCAGGAACGCGCCCGCAAGGCGCAGGAAGCAAACCGUAAGGCGGCAGAAGAGGGUACCACUGCCGGAGCAGCACCGGGUGCGGGCGGCAUGCCAUUCGGUAUGGGAAUUUCCGAAGAGCUGUUGAAGUCGUUCGAUGAUCCGGAGGUGCGCAACGCCAUCAUGGAUAUGUUCUCCAACCCGAGCAACAUCUCGAAGUACAUGAAUAAUCCGAAGAUCAUGUCGGUACUGAUGAAGCUUUACUCGAACGAGCAAGGAGGAGGAGGAGGAGGUUUCCCUGGAUUCGGUGCUGGCGGUUUUCCCAACUUUGGUGGGUUUGGUGGUGGGGCGGAUGCUGGAGCAGGUGCGGGCGCUGGUGCUGGGGCUAGGGCAGGUGCUGGUGCUGGGGCAGGUGCUGGCAGUGGCGGUGCUCGUGUAGAUGAUCUAGAUUAGAUGCCGUUUAAAGAGUGAUUGAGUUCGUGAAAUUUCGUAAGCCAGCUGCAUUUUGAACCUUUGUGUUUUUGUCCUAAAGCAGCACAGCAGUGCCAGCCAGCCCUAAAGCAUGCUUAGUUUAGUUUUUAUUCUUUCCCAUUGAAAACGUACGCUUUUAUAACAGCCAGAAUUGUUCAAAUAAAACAUCCAAAAUAAUUGUAGCGGACAUUCUAGCCUGCAAGCACUACAACACCAGAGAGGAAUGUGAAAAAAGAAACACCUUACGAAGAGCACGUAUCUUCAGAAUAA